UUUCCGCUCUUACUACUGACGCCAAAAAAUAAUAACAAACUGUCGAAAAUUGAUUUACAACUUUCGGUAGACUUGUCAAAUGUAGUUUUAUUAUAGUUGUUCCCUCGAAGUGUUGUUUAUCUUACUAUUUACACAUUUACGUAAAUUGCGAUUAAUGUUCGCUACACGCCGUUAGGUAGAAAGUCAGUCUAUCAGCAAAUACAAGAAUCAUAAAUAAUGCCAAGCCAAACGCCAAUCGCAGCGUUGAAUUUCAAAAUCAAGCUAUUGUCCGGCAAUAAUGUGGUACUGAUCGACUGUGUGGGCUUCGAGAGUGAACUUUUUAUGCCGCAAAUCGUCAAGGGACGAAUCACUUUCCAGAACAUCAUACCCAGUCAUCGUUGCUGUGAUGCUGCCGCUGCCAAUGUUCAAACUGGCCAGUUAAUAUUGCCCGCAUCCAAAUUUGGCGAUGUUAGAGUAGUUGCUGGCGUUACCACUUCUACGCCACAGAGAUUCAACUAUGAACCAAAUACUGCAAACACAUCGACACCAUUGGCCAGAAGCACACCCACAUCCAGCAGCCCAUCGGUGCGAGAGGUCAUUAGGGCCGAUAAAGAGAAUCUAUCUAUGGACCUGACGCCGCAGCAAGUACGUUGCAGGGUAGCAGCAGGAGCUGCCAAGACUGCUACGGCCACGCCCAUUUGUAUAGAUGCUCUGUUACCGUACCUCGAAACCUCUUCCACGUCAACUGCGGUUAAUACAGCGCUGGAUUCCCACAACAGGAGUGAGACGCUAGAUUCCUUAAAGGUGGUUCAGCCUGCAUCCACUUCCAGUUUGACCAUUUCCACAAAGAGCGGAGACUCUGCUCAAUGUAACUUUAUGCACAAAGCACCGCCUGUACGCACAUAUGCACGGCGCAAACAAAACGCCUUGGACAACAACAACAGCAGCGGCAGCAGCAGCAGUUGCCAUCCGAAGUCCCCAAUUGUCUGGAAGAAGAAGAAACUAGCAAAGGUAUCAUCGACAAAGCCGCCGAGUCCCAGCAUGAAAUUGGAGGUGCGUCAUCGAAAGCUAAUUGUGGAUCAAAAGAAAUCGCUUCCCAAGCCGAAUACGCAGAAGAUCACAGCUCCGCCAAUUACGAAAACGAAAAUACGUCGUAAACAGGUGUCGGGCAAAUCACGGCAACAAUACGACGCACUUAAAGGGACUGCCUUUGACAUGCUCACUUCGCCGGGCCACGGGCACGUCUCUUCCAAGCUAAGCAAACAAUUUAAAGAUGCCUGCGUUGAAAAAUACUCGGAAACUUUGCCCAGCUAUGCGGAGCUAUCGGGCACUGCUCCACUGGAGCACGAUCGUCAGGUCCGAUCGUUGAUAGCCAAGGAGAAGCGGCUGGAAAAGCAAAUGUCCAAAUCCGAAAAAAUGCGGUUAAAAAGAAAACGAACAUAGCUCAUACUAGAACAGUAUAAGAUCAACAGAAAAUAAAUCGGAAUAAACGUGGUUGCUGAAAAACAAACAGUGGUUAGUGAAACGUAUAAGAAUAUGGCUCACGCGAUGGUGUAAAGACAAAACUAUGGCCAAUAGGUUGCUGAAAAGAAUAGGAUUUUAGCACAUGCUUUAUUAUAAAAAGAUUAAAAGCGGUUGGUGAAGUGGAUAAGAA